AUCAAUCCACCCUCGUAUAUAUAUAUGUACGAUGCAGCGGCGCUUUUAUCAACUUUUAUUAACGGGGCCGAAAAACUGAGGUACCAAAAGAAAUUUAUUCGUAAUACCUAUCCGAUGUUAAAAACACAAAAGCAGCACCUCGAUUUUCAAUUGGCUUCCUUGGCACUCUAUAAAAAGCACUGCACUUUUUAACUGUGUAAUUGUGCAUGACAACGACCAGUUUUUAUGCAUGGUUAUUAUUUCUUAUUAUUCUUCUAAUCGUAACCAGUUCGGAAUAGACAAUGUUUAUGCGAGAUAAUUAAUUUCCUGGGCGUCUUUAAUAUUCUUUUCCAUGAUUGUCAUCGUUUUAGAAUCUCCCGAACGUUCUGCUUCAGCAACAAGGGCAACGGUCUUUAUCUAUGUUCACCUUCAGAACUGCAAAAGUUCACCCUUUGUUCAGAAUUUUGCUCAAACCUUUCGAACAUGUUGGGCGAUUUGUUCAUUCCGAUGGAGAUGCCCGAGCCACCCAAAGAAAGCUUCUUUAAAGGUCUUUUCGGUGGAGGAAUAAGGUCGCUGGACAGAGAAGAGCUAUUUGGUGAAGCGAGCGGUAAGGCGAACAAAUCGGUCGCGAAACACAUUCCCGGCAGCAUGCAGGAUAUGGGCGCUAGAGUGACGUCGUCGACGAGCGAGAUCAGCAGGGCUCACAAGAUGGUCCUCGAAAGGGGAGAGAAACUUAGUCAGCUCGAAGACAGAGCGGAAAGGAUGCGCUACGAGGCUGAGAACUUUUCUAGUACCGCACACGAACUCAUGAUGAAAUACAAGGACAAAAAGUGGUACCAGUUGUGAAAAGCUUCGAGAAUUAUCAUCCUUAUUAGUGUUUUAUAAUAGUCAGUCAAUAGGAGAUGUGAGUGAUUUGUUAGUAGAAAAAAAAUUUUUUUUACUACUAAGUACUACAUGCUAAGUACCUACCACUGCUGCUACCCACUACCGCUGUCACCCUUCAGCAACUAUCACUUCUUUUUGUUUUGGUCGUUAGGGCAGGUUUUUGUUUUCCAUUAGUUUGUUUUGUUUCGAAAACAGUCGCUGCAAAGAAAAACUCUUCUUCAUCUAGUCAUUCACCUUUGAUUUCAUUUCUCUAGUCGAAAGCAAUCGAACUGUUUUUUAAUUAAUCGUAAUUGAAAUAAUGAACGAGACGAUGGGGCUGUCGGAUAAUAAAUAAAUAAAUGCAUAAAC